AUGUCGCGAUUCUCCAAGGGGAAGCGGCUGCCUGGCGCGGAGUUCACUUGGGACGCAGACCCUGGUGGUCAGCCCGACACUGCGCCAACACCUCUUUAUCCGGAUUACGUCGUACCCCUCGCCCGCAAACUUAGCCCGAGGGAGCAGAGCUCCACCGAUUACUACCGCAGCCUGCGCGAACGCUACCACGAAGGACCUUAUUACUCCGUGAUCGAUGUCUCUUCCUCCAAUUCGAAGAAAGGCAGUUCUAACCGUACCAACUUCGACCCUUUCCAUGGCAUGCCCUCUUAUGCUGGUCGAUACCAAAAGAAAAGGCGGACCGUCCCGAAGAUUGCUGGUGCUCGUGCCCCCGGUGAUUAUGAAACUCGAUUCUUUCCCCGCAGCCUCUGGCAGACCAUCCGUCCUGACUUCCGACCCGAUGCCCCCGUCGAUGGCUUCAAGCCUGCAAUGACUGUAGCCGGUAUGAAGCGCGGCUUCGAAGACGACGAAGACGAGGCCGCCCAAUCGUCGAAGAAAGGGGCAGCUGGUGGCGACGAUGAAGAGGGUGACGAAGAUGGAGAGGAAGGCGAGCUACUCGAGGGUGACGAGGAUGCCCAAGAAGAAAUCUCCGACAAUGAAUUCGACUCGGAGGACGACGACGGUGGUGAUUACAAUGCCGAAAAAUACUUCGAGGACGGCGGCGACGACAUGGAUGAUGAUGGAUUGGGUGAUGGGGGUGGCGGUGGUGAAGAAGAUUUCUAG